GAGCCCUCUCCAUCCUCUCCUAAAGCCCUUUACUUUGCGCAUGUACAGCUAAACCGAACAUUUCAUCGACUCCAAGAUGGCGUUAACACCACUGGCUUGCGUUCUGCUUCUCCUUUCCAUGCAAUGCUACAUCAGCACCUUGGCAGUCAUCCUCAAGACGACGAAUGCUAAACCAUGGGUCAAUGAGUUUGAAUCGAUCGAGCUGUCCUGCAUGAUAGAGUCAAUCUCCACUACUAAUCCCAGAAUAGAAUGGAAGAAGAUUAAGAAGGGAGAGCCCAGUUAUGUAUAUUUUGAAAAAGAAAUAGCAGAUUUGGGGUUGUAA